AUGGCGAGGCCGGUGGCAGUGGUGGUGGUGGUGGUGGUGGCAGCUUUCCUGGCCGGUCUCUUGACCUCUGAAAUCGCAGCAGAAAUCGCCCAAAACUCGGCCGAUUUUUACAAUCUCGGCCGCCGUCGUUUGCCGCAGCAGUCUCUCUGUUUGGAGCUCAUUGAGCCUUCUGGGUACUCUUGCUCCGAGCACAAAAUUCAAACGAAAGAUGGCUACUUAUUGGGUCUUCAACGCGUAUCGUCUCGAAGUGGGGAUUUGAGAACCCAGCUGGGUCCUCCGGUGCUGCUUCAGCAUGGACUCUUCAUGGCAGGCGAUGCAUGGUUUUUAAAUUCUCCAGAAGAAUCGAUGGGCUUUGUCCUUGCAGAUCAAGGUUUUGAUGUAUGGGUAGGAAAUGUGCGCGGAACACGUUGGAGUCAUGGACACGUAUCUUUAUCUGAAGAUGAUAAGAAUUUUUGGGAUUGGAGUUGGCAGGAAUUGGCUGAAUAUGAUCUGGCAGAAAUGAUACACCACAUAUAUUCGAUAACAAACUCCAAAGUCUUUAUUGUUGGACAUUCACAGGGAACAAUCAUGUCUUUAGCUGCUCUCACCCAGCCGGAUAUAGCAGAAAUGGUUGAAGCUGCCACUCUUCUCUGUCCAAUAUCGUACUUGGAACAUAUCACUGCUAAAUUUGUACUUAGAAUGGUUAAUAUGCAUCUUGAUCAGAUGAUUCUUGCUAUGGGCAUCCAUGAACUUAACUUUAGAAGUGAUUGGGGAGUCAACCUUUUGGAUUCAAUAUGUGAUGGCCAUGUUGACUGCAAUGACUUGCUAACUUCCAUAACAGGGAAGAAUUGUUGCUUUAAUAACACACGGGUGGACUUCUAUCUUGAUUAUGAACCUCACCCAACAUCCACAAAGAACUUGCAUCAUCUCUUCCAAAUGAUUCGUAAGGGUACUUUUUCAAAGUACGACUAUGGCAUCUUAAAAAAUUUGAAGCUGUAUGGUCAGUUGAAACCCCCUUCAUAUGAUCUUGGCCUCAUACCCAAGUCACUGCCACUGUUGAUGGCUUAUGGGGGCAAUGAUGAUUUAGCUGAUGUGGAAGAUUUCCGUCACACUCUCAAGGAAUUGCAGUCCACUCCAGAGCUGGUUUAUCUCGAGAAUUAUGGUCAUAUAGACUUCAUUGUGAGCAUAAAAGCCAAAGAAGAUCUUCAUGACCGCGUGGUUGGGUUUUUUAGGUCAUGGGGAAAAUCUAGUAGUUCUUAA